AUGGGUAAUUGUUGGGGAAUAUUUCGGCGGCGUCGUUUACGCCGUCAUAUAGUGUUAAUUUUGAUCGGAUUAGACAACGCGGGCAAGACUAAAACAGUGAACAAUUUAGCAGGAGAAAAUGAUGAUAAAGUUUUGCCUACAGUUGGUUUUAAGGCAGUGAAUCUUAUUCAUAAGGAUACGCCUGUAACUAUAUAUGAUUUGGGCGGCGGGCCGCAGUUUAGACAGAUUUGGUCUCAAUAUUACAGUGAGGUACAUGGUAUAAUAUUUGUAAUCGACUCGAGCGAUUAUAACAGAUUGGAAGAAUGUAAAGUCGUAUUAGAAGAGGUUCUAUCGCAUGAUAAAAUAUCGGGUAAACCAGUGUUAGUUCUGGCUAACAAACAGGACAAAACAGGAGCUCUCGAUGAUAUAGAUGUUGUAGAGAAACUAAAUAUAGAACCUCUAGUUAACAAAUACAGAUGCCCUACACUAGUUGAAUCUUAUACAGCCGAAGCAUCAUUUACGAAUUCAAAAAAGCCUAAAAUCGACCCAGGCCUUCGGAAAGGCUACCAGUGGCUCCUCAAUUAUAUAGUCAGUCGGUAUGGCGACAUCAACUUGCGUGUGCAAACAGAUAUACAUGCCGAAUUGGAACGUAGACGGCGUAUGUUUACAAAGUCAUCUAGAGGCUCUCAGACUUUCACCGCUCACAGCGAUGACAUAGCCACUCAAACUGGAUUUGAGAAUCCCAAUUAUUCACUUCCAAAGGAUAAUGGAUUGAUCGUAGUCAAGCCUGUGAAAGGGUCGAGUGACUCGACAAUUACUGUGGAAAGUAUGGAUGACUCUGAUAGCGUGAUAAAACCAAAACUGUCGCCUUUAUUCGGUCGAGCGAAUACAUCUACAACGGAAACUGUGAAAAUCGAAUUGGAGCCGAGAAAUGAGUUCAGGAAAUUGUCGCCGAUCAUCAAGAAGAGUGCCGGAGCUGGAGUUAACCAUAUUGAUUUUAAGAAUCGACCGCAGUCGAGUCCGACUAAUAGGAGUAAGACGCUAUCGUCAAUGGACUCAUCCAUACUAGAGGAUAAGGCGAAUGUAAUGUUUUCCGACCGGAAUCAAACUUACGACGGGUUUAAGCACCGUGUGUUGAUAAACGACGCUGAACUGUCGCAGAUGCAUCGGGAAAUCGUACUGACCGAAAGAGACCACACAAAGACGGCAUCAUCGGACAUAAUCCCAGGAACCUCCAGCCUCCCUUUAAGCGCCCGACCGGCUUCCGCCUCUCAACUGGUGAGGAGACAACUCGAGAUCUGCUCACAGCAUCGCCGUCGGCUCAGCUUGAGAUAUAUGCAGCGUAAUAAGACCAGUCCUGUACGCACUUCGAUGCUUCUUUAUGAACCGGGAAAACAAAAACAACUCGACAAAGGAGAUUUUGAACACGCCGCUACCCUUACUUAA